AAUAAAUAAAUGCGUUAACACAUAACCUAACAUUUCAAAAGUGAUGCGAAUGCGAAAUUACUAUUAAAAGAAUUAAACAAUUUUUUCCAAUUCGGAUAAAUAAAUGAAAUUUAAGCAGAACAAAGUCAUAUAAUGUACACCGGGCCAUCAUCAUAAAAAUCCAGUUUUUCCGCUUUGGUUGACUUAAAAUAGUGCACAAAUCUAUUAUGGCAACCAAUAUAUCCGCAAGACUAGUGCUCCUAAAAUUGAGGCCGCACCACGUAAUAAAACUACCGGUUCAACCUUACUGUUGUUGCGUAUUUAAAUGGAACUGCAAUUCAAAAUUACAUGUUCAACAUGGCUCGGCCUUAAGGAUAAGGGAUAACCUAUAUGAACACCAUUACAGUAUACCUAAAGCCUUACCGAUAGUAUUUCAACCUUUUUCAUCUAUGUCUCAGGACAACAAAGUCAAUCCCGAGCAAAAACCGGAAAAGUUGUCACUUUUUAAAAGGUUUAAACAGAUGUAUAGGGAUUAUUGGUAUGUUUUAGUUCCUGUUCAUUUAGUGACAUCUGCGGCUUGGUUAGCAGGAUUUUAUUAUUUAGCUAGUAGUGGUGUCGAUAUACCUGCCCUGCUGGAAUUCAUGAACUUCAAUGAAAAAAUUGUGAAUUCGAUGCGUAACUCGAGCAUGGGUUAUGUUGCUAUUACUUAUGGCUUAUAUAAAAUAGCAACGCCUAUAAGAUAUGCAAUAACAUUGGGCGGGACAACUGUCUCUAUAAAUUACCUUACGAAAUGGGGCUACAUCAAACCCAUGCCGAGUAAAGAACGACUGAAAGAAAUUUAUGCCGAAACUAAGGAAGGCAUGAAAGAGAAACGGGAAAAUUUGAUAGAGAGUGUCCAGAGUUUACAGAAAACAGUUAAAGAUACCAGAGAAGGAAUAAAAGAGAGGAAGGAUAGUAUUGUAUCUUCGGUAAAAGAAUCGAAAAGGAGCUUACAAAAUAUUAAAGAGAAAGUAAUAGGAAGCAAAUCACAUAAAGAAGGAAAACCAUGAGGGGUAUAUGACACUAGGUAAAGAUGAUUUGAACUCUGGUAGCUUUAGGACAUAAACAUGUGAAAGAAUAUAUAUUAUUAUAUAUAUGUACCUAUUUAAUAUAAAUUAUAUCUUCUGUUAGCAUGUUUUUUUAGAUUUAUUGUUGACAAGUAUUUUAUAUCAGUGGUUACUUUUUUCUUAUCGUUAAACUAUUUCAUAUGUAUAUAUAAAAAAAAUUAAUAUAAAUAAUUUACAA